AUGUUCGCCCGAAUCCUUGCCAACACCGCCAACGCCGCCAACGCCGUGCGAGCCCCCGUGCUCGGUGCCCGAUUUCUGGUCAGAUACAACCGAGUGAUUCUCGUCGGAAACCUGCCUCGGGCACCCGUCUAUUUCUCAAGCAAGUACGGCAAAGAUCCAAGCGAAAAUCCCGCCGAUGUGUCCGAAGAGCCUGUCGCCGCCUCGAACCCAAGCUCCGAGGGAGUCUAUCUCUUCAACAUCGUGACUGAAACUCGCAAACUGGGAAAGCGUGAGACUCAGUGGCACAACAUCAAGGCCAUCCGUGGGCCCUCGUGGAGAGUCCUCCCGCAAAACUUUGAAGAGUAUCUGCCCGGAUCCAUUUUUGUCGUCGAAGGCAAGCUCGAGUACUACAAGAACACCAAGACUGGUGUCAACAGCACCCGCAUUGUUGCAGACAAAGUGCGAUGUGUCCGCCCCAAGCGAGCCAACCAAGAGCUCGAGGGCGACUUUGAGCUCCCCCAGUCGCCGACGGAGGACAUCCCCACCCCCAAUGCCGAUAAGAACAUCUAA